UUCCAGCUUUUCCUCUUCCUCUUUCUCUUCAAUCAUUGCCGGGUCAAGAUCGCGUGUUACGAGAUCCAAAGUAAUCGCGAAUAAUCGUUCGACAAUUUCGACAUCCGACGAGGAGGAGAUAGUAUUCGGCCGCGACCGUUAUCCGCAGGCUUUAUUGUAUUACAAGCUAUAAUUAACAUCCGGAAGUAAAUAUUUUUCGGGAUUAUAUCGUUUUUCAUAAAAUAAUCGCGAAUCGCGAGUGAAGCGAGAUUAUGCAAUCGGCACGUUGUGACCACCACGUCUUUAAAGUAAAAUAUAUUGGCCACGCAUAUCGUUUCCAAUCCCCAUAUUCCAUCAGUUUCAAUAGUUUCACCUUCUCCCUCUAAUGUGAAAUUAAAACAGUGUUGGAAAAAAACUAGUCGGAAAAUUGUCUUACGUUCGGGGAUUUUCUGGAUUUUCUUCAUUUUCGACUGACCUCGUGGCUGUUUGAAUUUUCGCGUUUGCCGCAGUGCCGCCGAGACUCCGUGAGCUUGACAAAUAAUUUGUAACGAGGAAAAAUGUCUUUGGCUGACGAACUUCUUGCCGAUCUCGAGGAAAAUGACGACGCGGAUGUUUUUAUGGAGGAGCCGGAGCCGACGUUUAUCCCGAAAGUCAUAGAAGAAGAGAUAAAGGUGUCCUCAAUUCGAGAGUUAGCCAAGUUACGAGAUUCGGAACAGCUGCCGCAAGUUAUGUCACAAAUUGAGAGGCACAGCAAAGUACCCAGGAAGUCAACCGAUAUCAUAGGACCUGUAGAAUCCAAUCCGGAAUAUCAGUUGAUAGUUGAAGCUAAUAAUAUGGCAGUUAAAAUUGACAAUGAAAUAGCCAUUAUACAUAGAUUUAUCAGAGACAAGUAUUCGAAAAGAUUUCCAGAAUUAAAAUCCUUAGUGGUAGGACCACUUGAAUACGUAAAGACUGUCAAGGAAUUGGGGAAUGACCCCAAGAGAGCUAAAAAUAAUGAGAAUUUACAGCAGUUUCUCACCCAAGCGACAAUUAUGAUUGUUUCUAUGACCGCGUCGACCACUCAGGGUCAACUGUUGACGGAAGAGGAGAGAGAAGCUAUUUAUGAAGCUUGUGAUAUGGCAGUGGAAUUGAAUAACUGUAAAUUAAAGAUAUUUGAAUAUGUAGAGAGCAGAAUGGCAUUUAUCGCGCCAAACCUAUUGAUAAUCGUCGGUGCAUCAACAGCUGCCAAGAUUAUGGGAGUCGCAGACGGUCUGACGAAGCUUUCUCAGAUACCAGCGUGCAAUCUGGUGGUCCUUGGAUCUCAGAAAACCGCGCUCUCUGGAUUUUCGCAAGUUACCACCUUGCCUCAUGCAGGAUUUAUAUAUUAUUCUGAAAUCGUACAAGGAACACCUCUUGAUCUACGGCGGAAAGCGGCGAAGCUGGUGUCAACGAAAAGCAUCUUAGCAGCUAGAGUAGACGCCUGCAAUGCGUACACGGACGGUCCCAUGGGCCAAAAGCUGCGCGAAGAGAUCGAGAAGAAGUUGGAUAAGCUGCAAGAGCCGCCAUCCGUGAAGUUUGUGAAACCGCUGCCAAAACCAAUCGAUCCUGGUGGAAAGAAGCGCGGCGGUAAACGCGUUCGUAAGAUGAAGGAACGCUACGCUUCCACGGAGUUAAAAAAGCACGCAAAUAGGAUGAAAUUGGGAGACAUUGAGAAUGAUGCCUAUCAAGAAGAUCUUGGCUACUCGCGAGGGACUAUUGGUAAGGCUGGCACUGGCCGAAUCAGGUUGCCACAAAUUGACGAGAAGACGAAAGUCAGGAUAUCCAAGAAUCUGCAGAAGAAUCUGCAGAAGCAACAGCAAUGGGGAGGCAGCACCACUGUCAGAAAACAAGUCUGCGGCACUGCUUCCAGCGUGGCUUUCACCCCUUUACAAGGACUUGAAAUCGUCAACCCACAAGCUGCAGAGAAAAAGUUCAACGAGGCAAAUGCGAAAUACUUUUCCAAUACAGCUGGUUUUAUAAAGCCUGAUCUACAAUGUGAUCUUUGCUUUCUGUUUUCUGUUUUUUACCUUUUUGCGACUCUCGUAUUUCGCAAUU